UUGUGUCCGACUACCUCAUGUCCAAAGUUCAACAGCCAAACUGUUAUUGCUGCUGCUGCUGAUGAUGAUGAUGGUCAUGAAGAUGUCAGAGCUGCUCCUCGUCCUCUGCUGCAUCCUCUGGGUCUCUGCUGAUGGACUACAUGAAGAUCUUGCGGUCGGUGGCUGUUCAGACUCUGAUGGAGAGAUGUUGUACACACUGGACCGUGAAGAGGUUUGGUACGCCGACUUCGUCAGCCAGAAAGGAGUCAUGCCACUGCCAGACUUCAUAGAUCCACUUAGUUUCCCAGGAGCUUAUGAAGCAGCUGUGGCUGAUCAGCAAGUCUGCAAACAGAACCUGAAUGUGUGUCGAAAGGCAAUGAAAGAUCUCCCAUUGGAACACGAUCCUCCCUCCGACCCGAUCAUCUACAUCAGAGACACCUUGGAGCUCGGCAAGAAGAACACGCUCAUCUGUCACGUGACUGGUUUCUAUCCGGCUCCUGUCGGAGUCUUCUGGACCAAGAACGGAGAGAACGUGACCGAUGGAACCAGCAUCAAUAUUCCCUUCCCCAACAAAGAUGGUUCCUUCACCCAGAUCUCCAGACUGGAGUUCAUCCCACAGCUGGGAGACAUCUACGUGUGUUCAGUGGAACAUGUGGCCCUGAGCCAACCACUGACUGCAAUGUGGGAUGUCCAGACGACUCCGCCCAGUGUUGGACCUGCAGUGUUCUGUGGAAUUGGUCUGACUGUCGGCCUGCUCGGUGUGGCAGCUGGACUCUUCUUCUUCAUCAAAGGAAUCAAACGCAGCUGAUUGAUCGAGGCGGAUGAUGACAUCAUUGUUUGGUGUAGAUUUAUCUAGAGAUAAUCCAGAUGUUUCCCUUUUUAUUGUCAAUGAAUGUACUCGUGCUUCAUCCACAUGAAUCAAACUUCUUCACUGUUCUUUCAGUGUUUAGUUUGAACAACUGGUUCCACAUGUUUUCACCUGAAGAUCCACUCUGACUGUUCUCUGCUGUUCAGCUGCUGCAACAACAACCUGAAAAGUGUCUGCUCCGUCAAAUCAUCAGAUCUGUUUCAGUUCAGUUCCAAUGCUCAGUGUUUCUCCUUUCUGACGGGUGUGUUCAGUUUCUGUUCAAUCUGAAAAGUUUCUGUUCCGUGUGACCCACAAAACCUCCGUUCUGUUGCUUUGACUCAGACUCCUUGUCAGACUUCAGUGAAAAUGAGCAUCUGUGAUACAACCAGCUGCUGCUGUGAAUUUAAAUAGUCUUUUUAUAACCAGCUUCAAGUCACUGUGAAACCAGAAAUGCAUUAAUGACAAAAACAGUAUUUAUUUCAAUCAUAGCAGCUUCAAUAGAAAUCAGCUGGACUUCUCUGUAAGUCCAGCUGAUUUCUAUUGCGACUCCUGUGAUGACCAUGACCUGGAUGACUGAGAAACUGCACUGAUGGUGUUUACUUCAGUUUCUGAGUGUGAUUUAUUGUAGCUACUUUCAAAUACAAAUCAUAUCUAAGCAGUAUUAAACUAAAUGUAAACAGCCAUUAACUACAGGUCACUUCAAAACCAUGAUAAACGAUUACAUUCUUGAAUGUAACUGUACUGUAACUUAACUGUGUUCAGUGUUUGUCUGCUCUAAUUGUUCCCUCAGCACUAUUGGAAGUCAGGGCUUAAUGGUUUUUGCUGAUUGAAAUAAAAGUUAAAAGACUGAAAAAUGGAACGUCAGAGAUAAAGUUUGAGUCUAAAGUCAAAGAAAGCUGUACUAGUCUGGGUCUUCUGCCUUCUGAGAGCUACUAAAUGUUAAAUGGUUUCUUCUCACUUCGUUCUUACUUUUUUGUAAAAGAAAACUGAUCCACAAAAUUCAGCACAGAGCAGCAACUCCUCAGGAACAAUUCUUCUAGCAGAAGGGAUCAGUUUAUCUCCUGAGUGAAGAUUGUCCAUCAGGGGAAAGCUUUUUCAGAUCCAUCCAUGCUUAAGUCAGAUGAAGAAAAGAUCGCCAUGGGAGCCUCAGCACUGAUUCUGAGCCUGAUCUUUGGUUUGACUGGAUUCUUCUACUACAGGAGCAGGACCCGGGGUCAGACAAGUUUACGCUAGUCUAACAUCUGUUCACACCAGUUCAAGACCAGUUUACACCAGCUUGCAUCAGUUUAACACCAGUUACUGACAGUUCAAUGUAGUUUAUACCAGUUUUCGCAAGUCUUUUAUCAGUUUACAGUGGUCUAAGUCCAGCUCAUGCCAGUUUGCAGCAGUUUAUACCAGCACCCACAAUGUAUACCUGUCUGACCUGUCUGUCUCUCUGUCUGUGCUCAGAUCAAUUCUUGCUUGAGUCAGAGAAAAACAAGAUCUCCGGUCUACUCCAGACAAAUGGAAGUUCAUACCAGUACACACAGUCAAAACCAGUUCACACCACUACCAGUCCAACACCAAUAUUUACCAUUUUACACCAGUCUAACGUCAUUCUUUUUGCAAAUUCCUGCUUAAAAGCAAAUUAUGUAGACCAUGAUUCAACACUGACACACUUCCAAAUGGUUGAAUACUUUUUAUAGUCAGUUUCAUACCAGUCAAACAUCAGUCAAACACUAGUCUAAAACCAAUCAAAAAAAUUCUUAAAACAUCAAACUUAAGCCUUAAAAUAUUAUUAGAACUUAAAUGUAAUAUUAACAUUAUGUUGAUGGAACAUUCCCUGCCAGCUGGGGUGAAAGAAAAUCAAAAAACAGCUGAAUCUGUGCAGAUUCUCAGUCAUUCGGGUUGUGGUAAAACUCAGAGUUUCAGUAAGAAGCUUCAGGCCCCAUCCACACGAAGACAAACCGAGGUCUGAAUGCAGAAGUUUCUUGCCGAAUCUGCGUACCAUCCACAUGAAGACGGCGUUUUGGGGGUCUGUAAAUGAUCAUUUUUGAAACCAGGUUCCAGAGUGGAAAGAUUUUGAAACACCUUAUACACAGCUCCGUGUUUACUGGCUCUCCGCUACUUUUCAGAUACACUUGCGUUUCGUAUCUUCAUUGACAUGCAUGCGCCACACGCGGCAACGACAACAACAAUGGCGGCGUACAGUGUAGCAAAUUUGCUGACGAAGCUAGUGACCCUACUAUUCCUGUUGCAGCAAAAUCUCCUUCUUCUCAAUCACUACUGAGUUGAACAAACUAUUAUCGAGGACACAUUAUGGCCCACUCAUUCUUCCCGGCUUGGUCUCUGUUUACAACUUUUGCCGCAAGUGCGCAUGCCCCCUAUUUUUUCUUCUGUUUGCGCGUGUUUCCGUCAUAUCGUUACAGCGCCCCUAGAGGUCUGGCAUGCGUUUUACAGCAUUUCCAUGCGUAUCAAGUGCAUUCAUGUAGACGUACACAUUUUCUGAGACGCCUUCGUCUUUAUGGCGAUCGUUUUUGAAAUUGUUAAGCGUUUUGUCUUCGUGUGGACGGGGCCAUAGUCUCGCUACUUUCUCUUUUACAUGUGACGACCCUCCAUCUCAACACCAGGUGUGCUUGAUCAGGAGCUGAGGGUCGCCACCGGACUGAACCACACUUGCAAUCAGGGCUCAGCUGUAUUUAACCGCCUUCCUCUCUAGUUGAGACUGGGCCUCGCUGACAGGAGCGGGUUUUGUGGAGCUCCAGACCCACAUGUGGGUUUUUGUCCCUGUAGGGUUUGACAAUCGCGUGGAACUCUUUUUGAUUGGCAAAAAAAAGCCGUACAGUGGUUGUCUCCGCGUCUUUGUUGCAAUUAGAGAGCCGAGUUGUAACAUGCUCCAUAAUUCACUCUGUGUUUUUCAUGUGUGUUGACGUCUUAAGUUUUCUUCCAGACUGAAAAAAACAGAACAAUUUUUUUUAAAAAAAAAAAACUGUAAAUAACUAAACAUAUACAAAGUUUUCAUGAAAGACAUUCAUGGCCAAACUGUUUUAGAUUAUUUUUUAAAAUAAAGUUGUACAUUCAGAGUCC